AUGACAGAGGGAAUUGGGGAAUCUCAACGUAUACAUAACAAGGAUCAGCAGUGGUUCAGUCGAGUAUGCGCUAGAAGUGGUGAAUUCAUUAUAAAAUGUUUUUGGCAAAAUAGUGAUGAGUGUGGGGUAAUUUUUGAAUGCGACUUAUCUAUUGCAGAAAAAAAUCAGCAAGAAAAUAAAAAAUCUCUGCAAUUUUUUCACAAGAUCAAGGUUCUGGGCUUUUCUAAAGCCUUCGUAAAUUUCCCAUUUUGGGUCAAGUAUAAUGAGCCCCUUUCAGCAACAGAAAUAUAUGAGGAGAAAUAUGUAAGACCAUUACCUAAUGAAGGCGAUAUCUAUGUAGAUUCACCUUGGAAAAUGGGAAAAACAUAUGUUCUAGAGCAUCUUACUAUAUCUGACGAUGUGAAUUUGCUAGUAUUAUCCACGCGCCACUCUUACUUGAACGCUGUUACUACAAGACUCAAUCUCAAAACAUAUUGUGAUAUCGAUGGUAAUAUAAAUCUACCUGAUCAUAAGAGGGUAGUAUGCCAGAUAGAAAGCUUACAUCAGAUUACUAAUAAUUGUAAAUGUAAUAAAAAAUGCAAAUGUCUUCCAAUCCAAUAUAACUUGUGGCUUGAUAAAAUAGUGUCUAUAAUUGCUCAAGCACAAAGUCAUUUGGCAGGUCAAUCGAUAGAAAAGUUAUAUAAAUUGAUCCAAGAGGCUAGGUGCAUUAUUGUAAUGGAUAAUGACCUAACUGACCUCAACAUGAAUGGAUUAAGGCCCUUCGUAAGGGCAUACCUCUCUCUAUUAUCUACAAUACUUAUCAGCCUCAGAAAGAAUAGAACAAGUGCGUCACUUAUUUGCCAUCUUAGAAAAGACAUGCAAGGAAUUGUUCGCGCCCUUAAGACUGAUUUUCCAGAAUUACAGAUCAAGGAAUAUCAUGGCAAGUUUGAUCCAGUGGAAAAGGCUCAUGACUUCAGCAAUGUACACACAUUAAAUGACCAAAAAUAG